AUGUUGCACGUCGGAAGGCACAAAAGCCAGGAGCAAGAGCAAAACCAGAAGCCCGACGGGAAGGAGCAGCAGCAUAGAGGGAGGGGGCGGCAAUGGCGGCAGAAUGAGCGGGAGCACCAACAAGGACGCAGCGAACAAGAACAGCAACAACAGGGAUUUCAUGAUCAUGAAAUAGUUGCACGAAGGAGUAGUAGUAAAAGCAGCAGCAGCAGCAGCAGCUCUGAGCUUCACCAAGUGGGGCUGGCUUCCAUUGCUGUACACUGCACUGGUUGGAGACGUGCGUGUUUUGAACGUGGAGCUCCCAUACAAAUUGGGAUGGUGGAGGUGAAGCGCAAGCUUUUGGCCGCGUUGAGCUCGGUCGUCGACCGAGCAAUCGGGCCUCGGGCCAUGGCCGGCGAACGGAGUGUCCUCGCCGAGAUCGAGGCCUCCUUGGCCCGGUGCACCAAAGGCGGCAAGCACGACGCCGGCGAGGAGCAGGUGCACGAGAUCCUCUUCCUCGUCUCCAACGCACCCGGGUCCAUCAAUUUCCUAUCCCGGAGGCUCUCCGCGCGCCUAGAGGCCGCCGGCCGGGGGAAGGAUGAUGCGGCGGCGCUCAAGGCGCUGCUGCUGCUCCACCGUCUGCUCCGCGGCGGCGACAGGCACUUCGAGCAGGACCUGCGCGGGAUGUGGGCUUGCGGCGAGCUCAGGGUAGACCUCGCCGCCGCCCGGUGUGGGGCGUGGAGAAAUGGGUUCCUCCUCGGCUAUGCGGCGUUCCUCGAGGAGAGGCUCGGGUGGGCGAUCAAUCAAGCAGGCGGGUUGCGACCGGCGAAGAUACCUUCGGCGGCAGCGGCGUCGCCAGAGUGGGCCUUGUACAGCCUGCGCAAGUGUCAAACUUUUCUCGACCGGGCGAUGGAUUGCCUGCCGGAGAACGCGUCGGCAGCGAACCCGGCCAUGCAGUCGGCGUUCAACAUUGUGGUGAGGGAGAGCAUCAGGGUGUACGAGAGCUUCUCCGACGAUGUGGAAGCGGUGAUCGCCGCCUACCCGGAGCUUGACGAGCCAUCGAAGAGAUCGACGGUGGCGAUCAUGCGCAAGGCGUGCGCGCAAACCCCGAGCCUCCGUGAUUUCUACGAGAGCUACAAGAGGAGAGAGGUCGACGUGAUUGGGAAGAGCAACUUGGACUACCCGUACGUUCGGAUCGUCACGGCGGCGGAGGUGGCCUCGUUGGAGCAGAGGAGUCGAGCUCCAACGUUGUCUAGAGGAGGAGGGAACAGAGGAAGCAGCGGAGACAAGGAGGACUCCUGCGCCCCAUUUUGGAAGAAGUUGGAGACGACGAUAAGCAUGGUGUGGGUGGAGUUCGACGAAGGAGGAGGACUGGAGGAGGCUCUCUAG